AUGACUUCCUAUGGCAGUAUCAACAUAGUCGAUGAAGCCAAACCAUUGGUAGAGGACGCCGCUUCUCCUAGUGCUAAGAAAGCGGAAUCAUCGUCGUCAUCACCAUCCUCACAGAGCAUUUGGUCCCGAUUGACCUUUCAAUGGUUGGCUUCCAUUUUGCGAAUCGGCAAUGAACAGAAUCGAUUGGAACAAGAAGAUUUGGAUUGCAUUCCAUUGCCAGACGAUUUGCAGACGGAUGAAGUGGUGGCCACCUUUAACAAGCAUUGGGAAGACGAAUUGAAAACACCAAAUCCAUCCCUCGUUAAGGCUCUGGUGCGUUCGUUUGGCGUGGAAUAUCUACAAGCCGCUUUGUUGAAGCUCGUGCAUGAUUUGAAUGUCUUUGUGGGACCGCAAGUCUUGCACGCCAUUAUUGACUUUUUGCGAGAUCCAGAGGCUCCCUUGUGGCAUGGUUUACGACUGACGCUGGCCAUUACCUGCAGUCAAAUCCUAAUGAGUCUUUGUUUGAGACAUUAUUUCUUCAAGUGCUACAAGACGGGACUUCGUAUUCGAACGGCUGUCGUCUUGACCGUCUACAAAAAAGCUCUGCUCUUAUCCGCAGCCGAACGACAAACCAAGACUCUGGGAGAAAUUACCAACCUCAUGUCGAUUGAUGCCCAGCGUUUGCAGGAUCUUGUGAACUACAUGAACUCGAUUUGGUCGAGCCCCUUGCAAAUUUGUCUGUCGCUCUUUUUCUUGUGGCGGGAAAUGGGCCCCAGUUCCUUGGGAGGAGUGGCGGUCAUUAUCAUUAUGGUUCCUAUCACCAAGACGAUUGCGCAAAAGAUGGGAGGUUUGCAAAAGAUUCUCAUGAAGGCCAAGGACAGGCGCAUUGAGCUCAACAGCGAGGUCCUAUCUGGAAUGAAAAUUAUCAAGCUACAAGCAUGGGAGGAGUCCUUCACGGAUCGUAUUGCAACCUUACGACAGGCCGAGCUGAGUCAAUUGCUUUAUUACUAUGUGAUUGCGUCGCUCUCAGGAAUGCUCUGGGCCUUUACCCCCAUGGCAGUAGCCUUGGCAACCUUUGCAGCUUAUAUUUGGACGGGACACACAUUGGAUGUUGCUUCGGCAUUGACAGCACUUGCCUUGUUCAAUGUAUUGAGAUUCCCACUGUCGAUGCUUCCAAGAAUCAUCAACUCGAUUGUGGAAGCCGCGCUCUCGGUUGACCGCAUCACUUCCUUCCUCAUGAGCCAAGAACACAAGCCCAUUGGAUCCAAUAACCUCAAUGAAUUUGGUGUCCGAAUGGAAAUGGUUUCGGCCGCGUACGAAUCCAAGAAACCCAAGCCUGUCACGGAGGAAGAGAAGGCAGGCAUUGACAAGGAUUGGGAAUUGGCCAUUUUGAAAUCCUUGAAUCGGCAUGCCGAUACUCGGAUUCGUAAACUAUUGAACAAACAUGAUUCAGUCGCUUCUGCGGAAAAGGACGAGAUAGACAACUUGUUGGCGCUCAAACGGAUUGAUUUUGAGUGCAAGCCUGGGGAGCUGAUUGCUGUGGUGGGUGGUGUUGGCUGUGGAAAGUCCAGUUUCAUCAAUGCCCUCUUGGGAGAAGUCCAAGAAGUUUCUGGCAAGACAUCCGUUUCCGGGAAACUGGCUUACUUUGCGCAAUCGCCAUUCAUCUUGAAUGCCUCCGUUCGAGACAACAUUCUGUUUGCGCAUGUCGACGAACCAGUGGACGAAGAACUCUAUCUACGUUCGUUGGACGUUUGUGCCUUGCGUCAUGAUUUGGAGCUCUUGCCCUUUGGGGAUGCCACGGAAAUUGGCGAAAAGGGAAUUACCCUUUCGGGUGGUCAAAAGGCACGAAUUGCCUUGGCUCGAGCCGUUUAUCAUCAGGCCGAUAUUACUUUGGUGGAUGAUGCGCUUUCGGCCGUCGAUGCUCAUGUCGCCGAGCAUCUCUUUGAAAAGGCAAUUGUCAAUGAGCUCAUGUCCAAAUCCGCAACUGGGUCGCAGCGCAGUGUCAUAUUGGUAACCAAUGCGAUCCAGCAUUUGAAUCAUGCCAGAGUGAACAAGGUUGUUGUCCUACAAGAAGGUGAAAUCGUCGAACAGGGAACCUAUAAGGAGCUUGCUGCCGAUUCCGGCUCGGUCUUUUCACGUUACUUGGCAGUUGUGGAAGGUACUGGUGUCUCCGACGAGGACAUGGGUGAGAUGAUUGAAUCUGGGUCUGGUACUCCCAUGCAAAGGAAACGAUCAUCGGCUCGAAGAUCAUCUGUCAAGGAGCCAGAGGUGCUCAAGCCACAAAAGCUAAUGACCGAAGAAGCACGAGCCGCUGGUCAUGUCGGAUGGGAUGUUUACAAGGCUUGGUUUCUGGCUGCUGGAGGAAUCUACAUUCCGAUUGUAAUCUUUUUUGUUUUCACAGCAGAUGCAGGUAUGGGCGUGGUGUCCAACUGGUGGCUGACUUACUGGUCCGAUAAUGGCUCUGGUAGAAGUCAAUUCUAUUUCUUGGGCAUGUAUGCCUUGAUCAAUCUCGGUGUGGCUAUCGUCAAUUUGAUACGAAGUCUCUUCCUUGCAUUCAUUGCUUUGACAGCAUCCAAGUCCAUGUUCCGAGACAUGCUUGCUUCGGUCAUGACUGCACCGAUGUCCUUCUUUGAUACUACUCCUGUUGGCAGACUUGUCAAUCGGUUCAGCAAGGAUAUCUACACGGUCGAUGAAAAACUCGUAGAAACUGGUGGAAUGUAUCUGAGAACCAUCUUUAGUGUCAUUUCCACCAUUGCUGUUAUUUCGGGAGUGACCCCCGUAUUCGUGCUCUUUAUGAUUCCCAUGAUUAUGUUCUACAUGCAUGAGCAGGCUUUUUUCACGAUUUCGUAUCGUGAACUAAAGAGACUUGAUUCCACUAGUCGCAGUCCUAUUUAUGCCUUGCUUGGUGAAUCCGUUGAUGGUGUCGCUGUCAUCCGUUCCUUUUCGGCCGAGGAAACCUUGAAGAAACGAUUGACAAAUAUGCUGGACCGGCAGCAGCAUGCCUACUUUUUGGUUUGCGCUGCCCAGUCAUGGUUGGCUGUUCGCUUGGAACUGGUUGGAACUUUGAUUAUUACCUUUACAUGUUUGAGUGCAGUCGCGGAGCAGGUGAUUUCCGGGGCUGAUCCAGUAUUUGCUGGUCUUGCUGGCCUUGCAGUUUCGUAUUCCAUGAGUGUCACCCAGAGCCUGAACUGGAGUGUUCGCAUGGCUUCGGAUAUGGAGGCAAACAUGGUUGCUGUCGAGCGAAUUCAAGAGUAUUCCAAGUUAGAGGCCGAGGGCGAUCGCCGUACGCCAGUGGACUCUUCCCUUCCCAAGGGAUGGCCUUCUAGCGGUGCCAUUGAGAUCAAGGGUGCCAAACUCCGGUAUAGACCAGACCUUCCAUUGGUGUUGAAGGGACUCGAUAUCAGUAUUCCUGCUGGAAGCAAGGUUGGAGUUGUUGGACGCACAGGAGCUGGAAAAUCUACCUUGAUGGUUGGAUUGCUACGCAUUGUCGAGCUUGCCGAGGGAUCCAUCGAGAUUGAUGACCAAGAUAUUCGACAAGUUGGUCUUGCAAAACUACGAGCCAAUAUUGCUGUUAUCCCACAAGAUCCCGUCUUGUAUUCUGGAACUGUCCGAACCAACUUGGAUCCUUUUGAAGAGUAUUCUGACGAUGUAUUGUACGAGGUCCUUCUUCGUGUCGGCUUGUACAAUGGAUCUAAGAAGGCAGUUACGGAUGAGACGUCUUCCUUGAGUUUGUCUUCUUUGGGGGGCACGGCCACCCGCAUCAGUUCGCUGGCUGACGAAGUGGCAGAAGGAGGAGGCAACUUUAGCGUAGGCCAAAGGCAGCUACUUGUAAUUGCACGAGCCUUGCUAAAUGGCUCCAAGGUCGUUAUCAUGGACGAAGCCACUGCUGCUGUGGAUGCUGAAACUGAUGCAUCCAUCCAAAGUGUCAUGAAAGAAGAAUUCAAGGCGAGCACCGUGAUUACUGUGGCACACCGCAUCAAUACCAUCAUGGACAGCAACUACAUUCUGGUCAUGUCGGAUGGAAAGGCAGCCGAAUUCAAUACACCAAAGAAGUUGUUGGAGACUGGUGGACUCUUCCGAGAUUUGGUACAAGCUGCGAAAAGCAAACAAGCCAUGAAGUAG